AUGGUUAGAAAUAGUUCGCAGGUCAGGCACUUCAGUAGCUAUUUGAGACUGUGCCAGCAACAAAAGAACCUUGAAACCAGGGUGAUUUCCAGAAUACUUAAACCUGCCAAUAGCACUGAUAACAAUGAAGCAAGAUCGGGAUGGAAGCUUUGGGCAGGUCAUUUGUUCAAGACCAAGAAGGAGACUUUUGACAAGCUAAAGAUGCUACAGAGUCGCAUCAUGGGCGAUAUUGAAAUUGCAGGACAUAGCAGCAACAAAAUUCUCUUCGAUGAGAUCAAUCAGUGGCAUUUCCACAACAAUUUAGCAAAAAAGGUCAGGACACCAACAGUGCUUAUACAUGGUUAUGCUGCAACUUCAACAGCCUUCUUUAGAAGCAUACCAUACUUGAACAGAGACAUCAAGGACUUGUAUACCAUUGAUCUACCAGGGAAUGGUUUGUCAUUUACACCUUCUCUUGAUUUAGAAGUUAGUAAACCAUUACCAUUAAAGAUAGAAAAUAUUGAUGAUGGCAACGAGUUUCAGCUGCCUUAUGUUAUUGAUUCUGCUCAUCACCGGUACGUAUUACAGAAAUUGCUUGACUAUUAUGUCGACCGAAUCGAGCAAUGGAGGCUUGAUAAUAAGCUAGGCAAGAUUAACGUGGUUGCUCAUUCUUAUGGCGGUUAUUUAUCUUUCAAUUAUGCACUAAAAUACCCUGCUAAUAUCAACACCUUAGGAUUGAUCUCUCCUCUUGGUGUUGAGAGAAAUAUUUAUUCAAUUAACAAUGAGUUCCAUAGCAGAACAAUUUACAAAAGGGAAUGGAACGAUUGUAACUCUAUGUUUUAUGAUAGAAAAUUCAAGCUCAACGACUAUCUUUUCCAGAAACAACUGAAACCACUAAGGUGGUUAGGCCCUAUAGGUGCAAAGCUAUGUUGGAACUACAUCCGGUCUGCAUACGCCAGAGUACCUUCAAUUGAUUACAAAGACUACACCUUCGAGACAUUCUAUGGAAGGGGAGGCUUACCAGAACAGACUUCCCAAAUUUUUACUUCAUUAUUGACAAGUUCCUUACUAGCAAGGGAUCCAUUGCUUGACCAUGUAUCGCAACUACAAGUCCCGAAAUUAAUCAUGAUGUAUGGCCAGUACGACUGGAUGAAUAAAAACGGUGGAAAGCUCAUGACCCAGAUAUUCAACGGUGAAACAAAAUAUAUAGAUAUACCAAACGCCGGCCACAACUUAUUCCUGGAUAACCCAUCCGACUUUGCUUCUCAGUUGACAACAUUCUUGGCUGACUAA